AUGCGUUCCACAUCAGCUCAGUUAGUGUUCGGCUGCGUCGCCGCUCUGCUGGCCCUGGCCGAGGCACGUCCUCAGUACGGCUACGAGCAGCCGCAGACUAGCGAUCUCUUUGUGGGCGGCAUUGGCCUGUCGGGCCUCCCGAACCCCGGGGGACAACUGGUGCUGCCCAGCCCGGUGGGCCAGCUGCAGCAGGUACAUCGAGGCGGCGACAAGUACCUGCCGCCAGCUAGCACCACGCCGGCGCCCAUCAUCAACAAGAAGUUCUAUCUGGUGUCGGCGCCCGAGGAGCGCGGCAACGAGAACAAGGUGAAGCAUCUGGUGCUCGGCAGGCCGCAGAAGAACUAUCGCGUGGUGUUCAUCAAGGCGCCAGCUGGCGACAAUGGCAACGUUAAGUACUCGGCCGAGUUCGCGCCGCAGGAGGAGAAGACCGUCAUCUAUGUGCUGAGCAAGAAGGGCAACGACUUGGAUGCCAACGAUAUUGCGACACCAGCGCCGACGCAGCCCAGCAAGCCGGAGGUGUUCUUCAUCAAGUACAAGACCGAGGACGAGGCCAACCAAGCCCAGAAGGAGAUCCAGGGACAGUACGACAAGCUGGGCGGCACCAACGAGUUCCAGGAGGACAACAACGCCCCGAUCACCUCCGUCAUCGGCAGCCUCGACAGCCUCAAUCCCGAUGGCAGCUACAACUACCGCCAGAUCAAUCGCCCCAGCACUAAUCCCUCUUCCCAGUAUCUGCCCAGUGCCCUGAAGCGAUAAGCGCCCGCACUCCACACCACCACGCCACGCCCUCUAUCCCCAAACCCAAUCCCCGCCCACGCACGCACACAAACUUCA